AUGGUUAUCUAUCAUGACAUCUUGGUCAAUCUUAGCAUGCCUAUGUUAAUAGGUAGUCUUUUCCCUAGAAAGAAAAAAGAUGGAGACUUUCUCUCAGUUUCCAUCGUCCAUAUCAACGUGGGGUUUCGUCUCCGCUACAAGUGCUCUGCUCUGCUUUUGCAAUUUGGCAAUGUCAUGUUCCGCGAAACUAACCCCAGUUUUUCGAACCCUGGAGGCUCGACAAUAUGGCAGCCUGGGGACGAAGGAGGGGCGUGUAUAGAAAGGAAUAUCAUCGACCUUACGACACUCAACACCACACAACAAACAUUGAGACAAGUCACGAUACGGAUGAAACGGGUGGAGGUGUGGAACAAGACAACUGUCGAUGUAGUUAUCAAAAGGAAAGAGAAACUCAAUAUACUUUAA